CCAAGGACCACAAUAUAGUAAAAAGUGCGACAUUCACAGUCUUCGUAGUUCCCAUAGUUUCUUUAGACAUUACAUAUUAAUUUCUGUGCCAUAAUUCAUAGACUAUAGACCUUGGACGUCAAUUUUGUUUUGAUCUAGUUUUGUUUACAUUAGUAUCUGUGUGUGUAUUGUUUCGUAGUUUGGUUUACAAAGUACAUACUCAAACUAUUUCAUAAAAUAUAGGUUAAUUAGAGCAAAGAACGCCUGAAAACUAGAUGUGGUUUAUUAUUUUAUAUUCACUAGUAUCAAGCAUUAGCAGCCGCUAAGUAGGUACGAACAUGGCAGAACCGGGGAUAAUUAGAAAAUUGAGCGAAGAAGUUGUCAAUCGCAUUGCAGCUGGAGAAAUUGUCCAAAGACCGGCUAAUGCUUUGAAAGAGCUAAUUGAGAACAGUUUAGAUGCAAAGUCAACCAACAUCAUAGUCACUGUAAAAGCUGGGGGUCUGAAGUAUUUACAGAUCCAAGACAAUGGCUCGGGCAUCAGGAGUAAAGAUUUGGAUAUUGUCUGUGAGAGGUUCACAACCUCCAAGCUGAGCGAAUAUGAUGACCUGAAGCAGAUCAGCACGUACGGUUUCCGCGGGGAAGCCCUGGCCAGCAUCAGUCAUAUAGCUCAUCUCACUAUACUCACUAAGACGGCUGCGGCUAAAUGUGCUUACAAAGCUUCAUACGAAAACGGCAAACUGAAGGGGCCUCUAAAACCAUGUGCGGGCAAUACCGGUACACAAAUCACAGUGGAAGACUUAUUUUACAAUGUGCUAGCCCGUAAGAAGGCCCUCCGAAGCCCUACGGAGGAAUACACGCAUAUCAUGGAUGUGGUCGGUGGAUACGCAAUACAUAAUAGUCAUGUAGGCUUUACAUUGAAGAAAUUUGGAGAGAAUACCGAUUUGAAAACACCGAUGAAGUCCACUGUGAUUGAUAAUGUUAGAAUUAUUCAUGGCAACGCGAUAGCUCGCGAGCUUAUGGAGAUAGAGCUUACUGAUCCCACACUGAAGCUUUCGGUCCACGGGUACAUCACCAACGUGAACUUUUCUCACAAGAAGGGAACAAUGUUGUUGUUCAUCAAUCAUCGAUUGGUGGAGUCGCAGGCAAUACGCAAAGCUGUGGAUUCUAUCUAUUCUACUUAUUUGCCCAAAAAUACUCAUUCCUUCGUCUACCUGAGUCUUGAACUAGAUCCUAGAAACGUGGAUGUGAAUGUUCACCCAACAAAACACGAGGUGCAGUUUCUUUAUGAAGAGCAGAUCAUAGAGAAGAUAAAGGCGUGCAUAGAGAGCAAACUCCUGAGCUGUAACUCUACUAGGGUGAUGUAUACUCAGGCCAGAUUGCCUGGUGCGACGGCGGUCGAAGAAAUUGUUAAGAAAACAACAGAUGGUGCCAAAGUUUAUGCCCACGAGCUUGUAAGGGUAAAUGCGGAUGUUCAAAAAAUUGAUAAGUUCUUCCCCGCCGCUCCCAAAAUUAUUGAAACCAAAUCCAUAAAUAAUAUAGAACAACCCAAAGACAAUCUAGAACCUAGAAGUGCUGAAGAUGAUAAAGCAAAAAGAAAUAUGGAAAUAGAUGAUGGUACGCAAAAAAAGGAAAUAGAUAAUAAAGAUAUGGAAGUAGAAAAUAUUCCUAAAAUUGUAAUCGAGGAAACAUCAGACGAUGUUCUAGAAAAUUCCUUAGUAAAUGAACCAGUUAAUAAACAACCCGAUAGAUGGAAAGCCCACACGUCUGCAGAUCAAGCAAACAUAACUUAUAUAGAUCCUAAAGAAUCGUUUAAAACUAGAACAUUCAAAUACGAGCGUGUUGAAACAAGACUGACUAGUGUAAAGGAAUUGAGGUUAGAUGUUGAGAAUAAGUGUAACAGUAAUUUAAGAGAGAUUUUAGCAAAUCUCAUUUUCAUUGCGUGCAUUGAUGUGCAUAAGUCGUUGAUACAACACGCAACUAAAUUGUACCUGUGUAAUACUACUAGAUUAACUGAAGAGUUGUUCUACGAGACGAUGUUGUACGACUUCCAAAACUUUGGCUUUAUCAAGCUGUCUAAUCCGUUACCUCUAGAAGAACUCAUUGUUCUAGGAUUGAGUUCACAAGAUGAGUGGGAUUCAGAAUUAGGUGACAUGCACGAUCUUGCUCAAAAAAUGGUGGAGCUUUUACUCAAUAAAAGGGCUAUGCUGCUUGAGUACUUUUCACUCGAAAUUAACGCCGAUGCAGAACUGUUAGCGUUGCCUCUUCUCUUAGAUGGUCAUACGCCUUUCAUGGGCGCCUUACCGACCUACCUCGUUCGUCUCGUCACCGAAGUCGAUUGGGAGUCAGAGAAAACAUGUUUCGACACGUUCAGUCGACAAACAGCCAUCUUCUAUUCUCAACCGAACCCUGAUAAAACGCCGCAAGUAACUAAAGCCGAGUUUUGGAGACAGGAACAUGUGAUAUUCCCAGCUAUUCGAAGAAAUUUCUUGCCGCCAACAAGUUUUGUUAACAAUGGAGCGAUAUUGCAGAUCGCGAGUUUGAACGAUCUCUACAAAGUGUUUGAAAGAUGUUAAUGUAAGUAAUA